AUGGCUGUUCCUGACCCCCUUCCUAUCCAGCAUGAUGCCCCUGUCGACCUGGACCACGCGGACAUGGAGAAGUCCUCUCUGAAUGAAAAGGAACAGGCCCCCGUGGAUGAUCCAUUCGGAAAUGAAGAAUGUGGCGAGGUCAAGUACCGUGUCAUGAAGUGGUGGCACGCGGGAAUGCUGAUGGUCGCCGAGAAUAUCUCCCUCGGUAUCCUGUCGCUCCCGUCCGCUGUGGCCACCCUAGGAAUCGUCCCCGCGUUCCUCAUCAUCCUCGGCCUGUCCGGCAUCUCAUGGUACACCGGGUACGUCAUGGGGCAGUUCAAGCUCCGGUAUCCCCAGGUGCACAGCAUGGGCGACGCAGGAGAGUUGCUCUUCGGUCGAAUCGGCCGGGAAGUCUUCUACGUCGGCCAGCUGCUGUUCAUCAUCUUCCUGAUGGCAAGCCACAUCCUCACCUUCUCGGUGCUGUUCAACACCAUCACCAGCCACGGCACCUGCACCAUCGUCUUCGGCGUCGUGGGCCUGAUCGUCAGCUUCCUCUGCGCGCUGCCCCGCACAGCAGGCAAGGUCUUCUGGAUGUCCACCAUCUCCGCAGCCAGCAUCCUCAUCGCAACCAUCAUCACCAUGGUCUCCAUCGCGGUCCAGAUGCCCGAGCAGGUCCAGAACGACAUCACCACGUCGCCCAGUUUCGCGGAGGGCUUCCUCGCCGUGACCAACAUCGUCUUCGCCUUCAUCGCCCACGUCUCCUUCUUCGGCAUCAUCUCCGAGAUGCAGGAUCCGCGUGAAUUCCCCAAGUCCCUCGCCAUGCUGCAGAUCGUCGAUACUAUCAUGUACAUCGUCACCGCCAUGGUCAUCUACUGCUACGCCGGGCCGGACGUGACCUCCCCUGCGCUGUCUUCCGCAGGACCCAUGAUGAAGAAGGUCGCAUACGGCAUUGCCAUUCCCACGGUCGUCGUCGCAGGCGUAGUCUUCGGCCACGUUGCCUGUAAAUACAUCUACGUGCGCAUCUUCCGCGGCGCGCGCUCGCACCACAUGCACCAGCAGAGCUUCAUAGCCACGGGCACGUGGGUGGCCAUCGGGCUGAGCAUGUGGACGGUAGCGUGGGUGAUUGCCGAGUCGAUUCCCGUCUUCAACGAGCUGUUGAGUUUGAUCAGCGCGUUGUUCGGGAGUUGGUUCAGUUACGGCCUCCCCGCUAUCUUCUGGUUCGUCCUCAACAAGGGCCAGUACUUUGCCAACUGGAAGAAGAUCACCCUGACAGUGAUUAAUUUGAUUAUUUUGGGGAUUGCCUGUGCGAUCUGCGGACUGGGUCUGUACGUGUCGGGCAAGGCGAUCAACGAGAGCUCGUCUAAGGCUAGCUGGACGUGCGCGAAUAAUGCUGAUUAG